AUGUACGCCAAGAUCCUCGCCAUUCUUGCCUUCCUCGGCCUCACCGGCGCUGCCGUCGUGACCGCCGCCCCCGCAGGCAAGCCCGGAACCGACCAAUGUUAUUCAGGCAUCCAGGCCCGCCGUGCUGGAGCCCCCGGCCUCAUGAUCAACACCCGCGACGCCGACGGCCAGCAGAAAGCCCGGGAUGUCAACACCGUCCUCACUCGCGAAGCCGACGGCAUUGACGCCACUGCCAUGGCAGUCGAGCGGGCCAAGGCACGCUCCCAGCCUUGGCGCGAGUUCAAGCGCGCCGUGGCUGGCGAGGCCGCAGUGGCCGAGGAUGCAGACGACCUCAUCUACGAAGGAACCAGCUGUGCUUAA